GCGUAGAACAAGUGUCCCAUACUUUUUGUGAGAGAGAGUCCGAUGGAAUCAAUCUUUUGUUCAUCGUUCCAUAGUUGAGAUCAUUAUUGCAUCAAUGGAAGACACGAGCUUUAGGAAUUUGGGAAGACUUUAAUCAUCAUAUUCUUCAUCUUCAAUGCCCAAAUACAUAUAAACAUUCACGUCUAAAUCUGUUUUCAAAGGAGAGAAGGCCUUGAUUUUCUCAGACUGUCAUUUCUUGGCAUAUUUAUUAUUGCCCUUUCUCUUAUAAAAGAGGGAAGGCGAUCAGCACACAGAAAGCAUGGUCAACUCCAAGGAGCCCAAAAGAAGAGUAGCAUUUGUGCUGAUUGAUGGGUUGGGUGAUGUGUCACUGCCGAGGUUGGGUUAUAAGACCCCUCUACAAGUAGCCAAAGUACCCCAUUUGGAUGCCAUUGCUUCUGCUGGGGUUAAUGGUCUUAUGGACCCUGUUGAAGUAGGCCUGGGAUGCGGAAGUGACACGGCACACCUUUCUUUAUUAGGUUAUGACCCAAGAGUGUAUUAUCGAGGUAGGGGUGCGUUUGAAUCAAUGGGAGCUGGAUUGGCUAUGUCACCUGGUGAUAUUGCUUUCAAAUCAAAUUUUGCAACAUUAGAUGAGAAAACUGGAACUGUCAUCAGUAGGAGGGCUGAUCGCCAUUUUGAAGAAGAAGGACCUAUCCUCUGUGCAGCAUUGGAUGGAAUGAAGCUACCAUCAUUUCCUCAGUAUGAAGUUAGAGUCAGGUAUGCUACAGAACACAGGUGCGGAGUGGUCGUGAAAGGACCAAACUUAAGUGGAAAUAUAUCAGGAACAGACCCAUUAAAGGACAAUCGCUUACUUUUACAAGCUGAAGGUUUAGAUGAUACUGACGAGGCAAAGCACACAGCUGCAGUUGUUAAUGAAUUAUCAAAGGAGAUGUCACGAAUUUUGACUUCUCAUCCGUUGAAUGCUCAACGGGCUGCAGAAGGAAAGAACAUUGCUAAUGUUGUCCUUUUGCGAGGUUGUGGCAUUCGAAUUGAGGUUCCUCCAUUCGCAAAGAAACAUGGGCUGUUGCCAUGCAUGGUAGCUCCUACUAAAAUUAUAGCUGGCCUGGGCUUAUCACUUGGAAUUGAUAUCCUGGAAGCGACAGGAGCGACCGGAGACUAUCGAACACUAUUGACUUCCAAAGCAACUGCAAUAGCUAAGGCACUCUCAGCUCCUCUGCAGUCUUGCCCCAGUGUAUUUGUACCAGGGGAGGAUGAGCACAAACCAGGACAACCAGAUGGCUAUGAUUUUGGGUUCCUUCACAUUAAGGCAAUAGAUGAUGCAGGUCAUGAUAAAGCUAGCAUUUUCAAAGUUAAAGGGUUGGAGGCUGUUGAUCGAGCCAUUGGACAGUUGGCCAGGCUUCUUUGGCAGGCCGAAUCAACUGGAAAUUUUCAAUUUUUCCUGUGUGUCACCGGAGAUCACUCUACUCCAGUUGAAUAUGGUGACCACAGCUUUGAACCUGUUCCAUUUACGUUGUGUCGAUUAAAGGACUUUGUGGGUGCAAUGGGUGGGGAGUCCAUCGUUAUGGAAACUUCCCUUGAUCCGUUUCCUCUUCCGACAAUCAAGGCUGAUGAAAAUCUAGCAGAUGAUGCGGCGUUGGCAUUGGAGGAAGCAAAAAGAACUGGACAGCUUCAAGCUUUCUGUGGUGAUUCAGUUUGUGAGUUUGAUGAGGUAGCAGCAGCAAGAGGUUGUCUUGGGCGUUUUCCUGGAGGUGAGAUGAUGGGAAUUAUAAAGACAUUUCUUAAACUCAAACUAUGAUUUGCUGACUUCGGGCUUAGGAGGUUGACGGUGAUUCCAAGUCUAUGUGGGAGGAUUCCCAAUAAGGUUUAUUUAGACCAAAAUAUAACGAGAUUGGGCGAUUUGGAUCAUCCAAUUUCGAUGCUGCUUCGGACAUUUUCAUAGAACUAGCUGAUCAGCUGGUGUUGUAAUUUUUUUUGGCAAAUAUGUUUCACUCUGGUUCAAUUCUAUGCUUCUGGCUGCAUUGGUAGAGCAGGAGCUAAUUGAAAGAACUUGAUACUCAGGAAGAGUCUUGCUUGUCCUUUAAAUGUGUAAAGGGCCAAAGGUGUAGUUUUAUUUCUACGAGUUGUUUUGUCUUUUUGUUUUAAUUAAUUUUGCAUUUUCUGAAAUAAGUUAAC